AUGUCCUUGCUUCUGAACGCCCAUCUAGGCGUCAGUGUCACGAUAUUUUCAAAAAAGGGAUGGUACAGACUCUGCGAAUACCCACCCUCCAAAACGACGGGACUGCUACUGCUAACUAAUUUAGACAUUUUUAAUUAUUUUUACAUCAAAUUUUCAUAUAUUUAUUCGGGGGUUUUUUUAACGGUUUGGUAUUUAGUAAUAUUAAAAUAA